AUUUAUUGCGUAUUGUUCAAAAGAUUUAGUCUGUAACGCAUGAGAGAAUUUUAAUUAAAUCCCCCAACGCAAGGCAUCAUAACUGACCGCAGCGCUGUGGAAUAAGGACAUAAGUUAGAACAAGGUAUGAAAUUUGUUGUAAUACUGUAUAUAGGGUUAUUUGCAACUGUGUUACAAUAUAUAUGGUAUAAUGUAAGUAGGGGAUUUGUAUAUUGAAAUGAUCGUGUACUCUUUGCAUGAUUAUAUUUAUUGCGUAUUGUCCAAAAGAUUUAGUCUGUAACGCAUGAGAGAAUUUUAAUUAAAUCCCCCAACGCAAGGCAUCAUAACUGACCGCAGCGCUGUGGAAUAAGGUCAUAAGUUAGAACAAGGUAUGAAAUUUGUUGUAAUACUGUAUAUAGGGUUAUUUGCAACUGUGUUACAAUAUAUAUGGUAUAAUGUAAGUAGGGGAUUUGUAUAUUGAAAUGAUCGUGUACGCUUUGCAUGAUGAUGCAUUUCUUGUGUGAAGAGUAUCUGGGUUCCUUCACUGCUUUUUCAUCGAAACCUAGCAAAGAACUUAUUGAGUUUCUUGUUGUCUCAGUUUUGCCAUAAUAUGUAUUGAGAAUAUACAAUAAUUGUAUUGCGAUAACUAUGCAGAAGACGCUAUUCAAAUAACCAUAUACGUCAACGCUAACAUAACCCCAGUGAAGUAUAAGCUAGUAGCAUAACUUUCGCUUUACAUAUCGUUUUAAUUUGUGACAUAUAUAGAGAAGGUUUCCUACGUAAGCUAGUGUUCUGCGACCUUUUCGUUGCGAAGUUUUUCUAGGUAUACGAAAUUUAAAUCCUCUUCACGCUUGCCUGAUCUCGCCGUUCCUAUACUGUUUAUCCCGUAUUCUUGAGGAUAUUCCUAUAUUUGUCCACAAUACACAACUGUUUCACUUCUAACGAGCAUAUACCCCUUCUAGGCUUAAUUAAUUUGUAUUUACAUUCUAUUUUCCAUGGGGGUAAGACGCAAUUUAUAUUUCACGUGCACGCCGGCAUUUUAUACAUUCUUGUAUAUAAUACAGUUCUUACAAUUCUAUUUCUAACAAAUACAGUGUAUGUAGAUUUUAUAUUUCUACAUUAUUUAGUGCGUACCAAGUUAGUAAUAGUUCGACGCAAUUUAAAUUCCAUUGCCACGCCUCACUGAUUCCGCCGCGACUCUCGCUCAAUGAGAGAUAUUCUGAGUACAUAUUUGUUUAUAUUAUAUGUAUUAUACGCAGAUAUAUUUGUUUUAAAUACACUUUUAUUAUAUUGUUGAUAAAUAGCGCUUCCCAGCGUUUGACAUUUAACAAUUAUUUCGUGUUUUUGUUGAAAGCAAUCUGAGACAAUAGUUGCGACAGGCAAUUUAAAUUCCGUUGCCAUGCACUGUCUGAACACCCUGCGAGUCUCUAAUUGUGGCUGUUUAUAAUGCGUAAUUUGUUUGCACUUUGUAAUAUACAGCAAGAAUUUACUCAUAACCCAGCACGUUAGGUAUUAUUUAGUAAUUCUUCUUUCUUAGUCUUAGGGAUGGGGUAAGGUAGAGGGGGGGGGGAGGGGUUACGGACUUGCGGUCACAGAUGAGUUCGUGGCCCAUCCUUCAUGUCCUUCAUGACUCCAUAACUUUGUAUCAUCCAUGCAUGACUGUCUUUCUUCAGUGUAUUUUUUUCUUAAUAAUGAUAACAUACGUGCGUAUUGCAGAGAUCAGUGGUUUAAUGUCAAUAUGUAUACAAUGCGUAAUGAUAUACCGGGAUGAUACUAAAGUAUGGUAUUAAAAAUACGAUAUUGUAAGAUCUUGUACAUUCUUCAGGGAAUGUGAGUGGGACACUCGCGGUAAGGCUGUCAUCAUUGAUGUAGACAUGAAUAGAUCAAAUGAAGAGCAGCCAAGCAUGGGCUGUAUUUCUAGCUGAGUAGUUUCAAACAAGAUUUUGUAGAACUCUUCUGAAUGGCAAACUCUUCGUAAGCUCUGUUGUAAAUUAUUGAAUUCAAACAAUGGCUGAUACAAGACAACAUUUUCCAUACAAUAAUAUAUUUCAACGGUCUCAGGUUUCGCCCAUACGUUGGCGGAAACGCCCUUUAGUCAUUCUUCUCGAGAGAUCACAUGUGAGUUGUGACGUACAAGUUCACUAUGUUCCAACCAUACAGGCUUGACUCAACAGUGAGUUCUGUACAACAUAAGAUUACUUUUAAGCCCUGAUUCCACGAGCGCUUUUUGUCAGCGAAAUGCGAAAUAUUUCGCCUGUUUCUUUUGAAUUGUGAGCAAUCAAGUAGAAAUAAUUUAUUCGAGUGGUCGCAAUUCAAAAGAAACAGGCGAAAUAUUUCGCAUUUCGCCGACAAAAAGCGCUCGUGGAAUCAGGCCUUAAGGUAGCCCACAUUCAAGAACAUGUACCACCCCGACUCAACAGUGAGUUCUGUACAACAUCAGAUCGUUUUAGGCAGCUCACAUUUAAUUUGUUCUAAUUAGGUCCGUUUCGUACGCCGUACUUCACAUGUGCCGAAUACAUUAAAGACAAUAGAUAACAAUAGAUACAAUAAGAAAAAAUUACUCAUUGUCUAUUGCUCUUAAUGUAUUCGGCACAUGUGAAGUACGGCGUGUAGAACGGGCCUUAGUGACGAAAGAGAAGUGUAAGAACUCGCGGGAAAAACCGACUCCAAUAGUUGUAUAUUUCUCUUAAAAUCUUCACGUGAUCGCAGCUUUGUUCACACUCACUUGACUGUCAACAGUGCAAUCAGUAUAUUAUACUGGCACGAACUGGAGUGUUUUUGCAUCACUGCUCUGCUUCCGUAGAACCCGGAUCUCUUGAGACUGGAGAGGAAAUAUCUAACACUCCGACAAACGCCUUCCGAGGCCUACGCCGAAUAAACCUAAUCAGCUAACAAGUUUCUAAUAUUGUUACCCAGAUAACUCGUAUAUGCCUUUAUUGCUAAGAAAGCUUUAGAUUGAUCCCUUUGACGGGAGGUUAGUAGCGGGUCUUCGCUCGGAAUGUCGAAGUUCUCCUUGUAUUUUUCAUGUAGUUGCUUCCCUAUCAAUUACCGAAGCUUUCUUAUUUUUGCCACUACCCACACUGACCGUUCUUAAUUGGUACCACUGUUAUGAUAAUGUAAGCAGAGAACGAAACAAAACUAACCAAGCGUUCAUUUUCAGGACCGACAGAAGAAAGACAUGGCCUCGUGCACUUCAGCUCUUCCUGAAAACAACACUUGGAAACUGAGUCGAAAAAGACCAGGGAAUUUCGAAAAGCUUAACACAGGUAAAUCGAGAAAAACAAACAAUUUUGCGAGAGAACGUGUUUUACAUAGAAACCAAACAUCCAGUCAAUCACCGCAACGACCUCUGACCGAUAUAACGCGAGAAACGCAGGCUCUGAAACCUUCGGACCUUGACGGAAACACUUCGGAAACAGCUCGGGAUAUAGUCGCCGCAGAUUCGGAGGGGCCCGUGUCGGUCUCUCCCGAUGGCAAUGAGACUGUAACGUACGUGAAUAAUUUAUUCAGCCCUGUGAAUAAAUUACAAGCUAUACCUUUGACCCUUGACGAACUUCGUAGAAGGACUGAAUACCCGGAGUUUUUUGGCCGGUCGGAGAUGGUAGCCUAUCUAAGGCACUCGAAGACGACCGGAAAUGAACUGAUAUCGCGUUAUAAUCUUAAAGCAAAGUCGAAACAUAGUAAAGUGAACGUUCUUUCACGGCUGUGCGAGAGAGAGGCACGGACGCUUGCAAAUGGGAUACAUCAAGUGAAUUCCGAGUAUUUUCCGACCGACUACGUUGCGGAUACGAUGAAAGCGCAGAUGGAACAAGACAGAAAUGAAGAAACGCAAGCUGAAGCGAGUGACGAGACGGAGAGUGGACUCGAUGACAAUAAAGAAACUAUAAAUAGCACCAUGUAAGUAUUUUCUCUUGAUGGUCCUUAUUAAUCACUAUAGUAAUAUAUAUUUAGCUGACCUUCGACUUUGUUUAAGGUGUUUUUGUAUUCAAAUUGCACUUUCCUACCCCCUGAACAGGUGUCUAGGGGUGCUUUACUUGCUUAUAUCAUGGAAAGCGGGAUGAGGCAGCACUUUCCUUGCGAUAGUAACUUCUAGUAUAUAAUAACGUUAAGAAUCCAUGCGCUUUCAUUGGUCGAGAGCCAUGAUCUAUUAGAGGACACGACAGAUGCACGGAAUUACGUCACAAUUAAGGUAGCCAAUGGCAUUCCCUUAUUUGUAUAUAGAUUAUGUACGCGUGAUAUUUGUAAAAUUUCGACUUUUUCAAAUUUCCAAAUGUUUGGAUGGUAAAAGGUAAGCUAUUUACCUGUUUAAUUCGGGGUGUUUUCUCUUCGGCGACUCGUGAACCACUAGGGAGCUAAACGAUACACCAAAUCUACGCCUCUAUUUAUUAGAGAGGUUUAGAUUGACGUUUACGGCAAACGUCCAACCGCUAACGAACUUUUUGAUUUUAUAACUCUAUUAUAUAACAACAUUUGCACCAGUUUUGAAAUACAUUAAACAAUUAUUAAACUUGUGGUAUUUAACAAUGAUUCAAGAAAACAAAUUAACCACUACUCACAUAUUCUCCAAAGCUGUGAAUUAAGAUCUGGCGUUUGAAGUUUACGUUUGGCGUGUAAAUUUCAUGCUUUAACGGCUACAAGCCCUCGUAGCAGUUCAAGCGUAAAAUUUAUACGCCAAACGUCAACUUCAAACGCCAGGUCUUAAUUCACUGCUUUGGCGAAUAAGCGACUAGUGGUCAAUUAACUUAAUUUGCUUUUUUUAAAUCAUUGUUAAAUACCACAAGUUUAAUAACUGUUUAAUAUAUUUCAAAACUGGUGUAAAAGCUGUUAUAACUAGAGUUGUAAAAUCAAAAACUUCGUUAGCGGUUUGACGUUUGCCGUAAACGUCAAUCGUAGGGUGUCUCAGAAUAGAGACCUUUAGAUUGACGUUUACGGCAAACGUCAAACCGCUAGCGAGGUUUUUGAUUUUACAACUCUAUUAUAAUAGCUUUUACAACAGUUUUGAAAUAUGUUAAACUUAUUAAACUUGUGCUCUUUAGCAAUGAUCUAAGAAAGUAAAUUAACCACUAGUCAUGCCAUUCAGCAAAGCAGUAAAUUAAGAUUUGGCGUUUGAAGUUGACGUUUGGCGUAUAAAUUUCAUGCUUGAACUGCUACGAGGGCUUGUAGUCGUUAAAGCAUGAAAUUUAUACGCCAAACGUCAACUUAAAACGCCAAAUCUUAAUUUACUGCUUUGGUGAAUGGCAUGACUAGUGGUCAAUUGGCUUUCUUAAAUCAUUGCUAAAGAGCACAAGUUUAAUUAGGGGCCGAUUACAUGGAGCAUUUUCAACCCCGGGGUUGAACUCAGCCCUGUUUACCGGGUUGAAAUUUCAACCCCGUCUGUAAUACAAAACUCUAUCAAAAUCAAACGCGCGAUUACAUGACAAAAUUUUCAACCCAGGGCUGAGUUCAACCCUUGAAAUUUCAACCCUGCUUCAGCUAGCAGGGUUGAAAUUUCAACCCCGGGGUUGAAAUCGUCCAUAUAAUCGCAAAACAUUUCAACCCGGUUAACAGGGCUGAGUUCAACCCCGGGGUUGAAAAUGCUCCAUGUAAUCGGCCCCUAAGUUUAACAUAUUUCAAAACUGGUGUAAAAGUUAUUAUAAUAGAGUUGUAAAAUCAAAAACCUCGCUAGCGGUUUGCCGUUUGCCGUAAACGUCAAUCUAAAGGUCUCUAAUAUCACAGUUUCACUUCACGGGUAAAAACUAUGGAUUGUUGUUGGUAAACAAAGCCAGGGACACGAGAAAAACAAAGUAAAACUAGUCUUCCAUUAUUAGCGACUGUUUUUCAGCCGCGUCGCAGAUUUCUGAUUUGGUGCAUCUCAUUAUGACCUCAUACUGUGUAUCUAUAACUGACCAGACAACGGCAAAAUCUUAUCUAUUUGUUAAAUAUAUUAUCGAAUAUAUAAUAUACAUCCUCCAGGAAAGUACGUCAUCUUCGCUAUAUAGAGCAUCGUUUUCAUGUAUGUGACAUUAUAGUUAAAGCUGGAGUAAUACGAGCAACACAAUUGUUGCAACAAAAUCUGAUUUCAACGCAUGUUAAGUAGAAAUGUCGUCACAUGUUGCCUCGUGAUUUGUCAUUUAUGUGUCAUCAUUUCUACUUAACAUGCGUAGAAAUCGGAUUUUGUUGCAAGUUGCAGCAAUUUUGUUGCCCGUAUUACUCCACCUUAAAGCUCGACGUCUCAAUCACGAACGAGGCUCUAUAGCCAAGAUGACGUACACUGUAUACCGUACUGCGACACUGUAGGUCAUUCACUGACAAUAUCUCUGCAUUCCAGUUCCAUGCUACAGAGUCUAAGAAAAUCUCUGGAACAGCCAGAUGAUGAACUCGCAAAGGAUCUCGAGGUUUUUGAGAGAGCAACACAUACAUUUGGUUGUCAAAAUAUCGUCAACCACAUAAGUUUUGUGGAAAGCUACCUCGCCGAACUACAGAAGAAACUGUCGAAAGAGGCAGAACCAGAAAAAAGUGUGGCCUCUUGAUGAUGAGCAAUCUUCGCCUUGGCAAGAAAGAAGCCAGGAUGAAACGAGUAUGGAAGUGCAUGAGAGUUGACAGUCACGCGAGCUUGGUUAGCUGUUCUUAAUGCUUUCUCAACACUAUCGUGUAUUCUAUUUAAGUUAAAACAUAGCCGAACACUCAUCCAACCUUUAUUUUGUUAAUCUAGAGCUUGAAAUGUCCCCGGUAACCGACCGUCAUUAUUUAUACCCGGGGUUGGUACCGAAGAGGUAUGGGACUAGCUCAUGGGUUGGGUAAAAAAAAUAUCGCUGACUGUGAGCUAUAAAAUAAAACCAAAAUUACCAUGCAUUGGAAAAUACCAAAAUAGACCAUUAGUGAUUGAGGAGGACUCUAUCAUUGAUUAGCAGGAACGUGAUUGCUUUGGCAUACUCAGUGAGUUUGAGCUUUUAGAAUUUAGGCAAUUUGAUUUUUGUCACCAUAAUCAUGUGUGUUUAAUUAUUAUGAAGUACAGUAACACAUGGGUUGGGUUAGGAUUAUUUUGACCAAUGUUGAGGUUGGGCAAAUAAAAAAUUUCCACUGUUUUUCGCUUCUCAGUUCGGUACCACUGCCCGGGUAUAAAUAAUGAACGGUCCCUAACAAUGCGUGACUGGCAAUUCUCAUUUGACCGAAGCCUAAGAUUGAGGAGCAUUUUAAUUUUUCUGGCAUACUUUAUGGGUGAAUCCAAGUGAAUGGGUGCUAUACAUUGCCAGCCUUCAAGCGCGAACGAAAGCGUCAAACUUGUCUAUUUUUGUAAAAUUUGUAAUAUACUUGGUAUUAAACUUAUCUAUUUUUGGAGCACUACAUGUUAUUAGAGAACAACUAAUUUAAAAUCAAACAGAUUAUGCUUUAUUAAUCUCAAUGUACCUGACAUUAACAGAUUAUUUACUGAUAAAAAUAAAUAACUGCGAUCAUAGAAUAAUCAAUAGAUAAAAACUUGAUUCCCAGUCAAGUGUGUACAGGACAGUAGCAAUGGUGAAGCUAGCCAUAGUUAACUGAUCAUGUUAUGCAAAUUAUUCAUUAUUUUACAGCUCGAAAAAACCGAGGCCACUUUUGCGUAUUUUUAAUGUUUUCUAACUAAGCCAAAACCAAUUCACCAGUGGGUUAUUUAGACCUAUGGCUACGUCAUAAGUUCAUAACCGGAAAAUGUUUAUAGUCAAAAUAACGGCCGCUGGUGAUUGGUUUUGGUUAGUUUGAAAAAAAAACCCAAAAAUAUGCAAAAGCGGCCUCAGUUUGCCCAUUCAAGUGGUAAUUAUGUAAACCUUUAGAAAUACAAUGUCUCGAAGCCUUUAGGUGCAUGACCAUGCAGCUUCCAUGGCUGGCUUCGUCAUUGCGGGCAGGCGGGUUUCACUAAGCACAUUACACAACUUUUGCCUACGCAGGCAAGUUGUAUGCUCGAUUUACACAGUACAACUCAAGUUGUAAGCAGCUUGCAUGCGACAGUUUUAGGCAAAAGUUGUGUAGUGUAGUAAACCGACCUUGAAACGAUGUGUUCGCAUUUCUGAAGCAUGGCCACCUGCCUUUGCUGUCGCAUAUUGAAACCCACCAGUGUGUGUUCACAAGCUACAUAGAAUAUAGCACAGAAGAAAUCUGUAACUUGAGUAAAUCAAGCGUAGGCAGAUCAAGUGUACUGAAAUAUAUGGUACUAACGGUGCAAUUACAGAAUACAAUGUGUGUUAAUACAGUCAGAAAUAUGAUAACACAGUUACAGUAAUAUAGUAAUAGUGGUAUAGAAGAGACAAAUUAAGUCAGUCGUCAACCAGAUGAACCCUUCAAAGCAUUCAGCAUGCUGAUUGGCAGAGGGAAGAUGAUGGUAGAGUUCUUCUCGGCUGAGAUAGCGCUCAGUGUUUGCAGAUAUCUUAGUUGCAGGGCUUGUGGUGAUUCAGCAAUCACUUCAGCAGCUUCCUUCAAGGCUCGUGAUGCAUUCAUUUCACCUUCAGCGGCAAUCACCU